CCCGAGAUGUAUGACCUGUCGGGUGCGCGCACCGCCACAACACGUGUACGCGCAACAUCUUCCCAUUUUUUUCUCUCUCUUUCUCUCUCUCCCUACACACACACACACACACACCGAUCCCUGCAAACGAAGGGUCGACGGGCUUCCACUGAGAGGAUCCGGCUGUCACUCACCGAGCUCCCCCUCCGAUCCGCCAAUAAAGGUUCGGGCUGUGUGGAAGGAGCGCUGCGGCCCGGAUAAACACGCUGCUUGCGGGCGGAUCUUCAGGUGAUCAACAGAUCGGCAACUGUUCCCCACUCCUCCUCCUCCUCCUCCUCCUCCUGCUGCGAGGAAGAGCAAAGAUGAGGGACCCGAAAGGCAGCGCCGGAGCCAACAGGCAUGUGAGCCACUGACAUAUUUAUCGCUGAAUUCCCGAGCCAGGCAGCCAGAGCGAUGUGAAGGGACCAGCGCCCGAGAUUCGCUUCUAGCUCGGCCGACUCAGCUGAAAGGAGGUUCGAUCCCUGCCAAAAUGACCAGACUAUUGUCUCGCAUCUUCGCAACGGAGCGGGCCCGCAGGAAUCUUGGCACCGGUUUUACGCAGCAGACCACAUAGUUUGAUCGACGUUCAGCUCGACUGAGGAGCGAACACAUGGACAAAAGAGUGCCUGCACACGUCUUCGUAGUGAUGCUGCGAGGUGAACGUUGACACGCCGUCAGAGAAACGUCCCGCUUUUUCCUCCCCGAGAGGGAAAAAAAAAAAACCCCAAAACACACACAAGGAAAAGGAUCAACGGCGGAACCUCGACAAGUCCAAAACGACCUUCCCUCCGUCCCCAAACAAAGGAUCGUCUUACACCUUAAAGCAUCUUCACAGACUCGCAUAGCGAGUCUGUGAGCAAGUGAGAGAGGGACACUGUCUGCCCCACUGUCCAGUGACACCAUGAGCUGGAGCUUCCUCACACGGCUGCUGGAGGAGAUCCACAACCACUCCACGUUCGUGGGGAAGCUGUGGCUCACCGUGCUCAUCGUCUUCCGCAUUGUUCUCACUGCCGUUGGGGGAGAGUCCAUCUACUACGACGAGCAGAGCAAGUUUGUGUGCAACUCGGGCCAGCCAGGCUGCGAGAACGUGUGCUACGACGCCUUUGCCCCGUUAUCUCAUGUCCGUUUCUGGGUGUUCCAGAUCAUUUUGGUGGCGAUGCCUUCCCUUAUGUACAUGGGCUAUGCUGUCAAUAAGAUUGCACGAUUGGACGAAGCAAAAGGAAACAUUGGAUCUGCUGGCAUCAGAGCAGCAGGAGGGGGCUACACCCACAGGAAACCCAGGAAAAUUUGCUUUGGAGCCCGCCAGCACAGAGGCAUAGAGGAGACUGAGGAGGAUCAAGAGGAUGAUCCUAUGAUCUAUGAGGUGCCGGAGAUUGAACCACCGAAAAGGCCUCGAGAUCCACUGCAGCCAACACCCAGACCUAAAAUCCGCCAUGAUGGGCGUAAGCGCAUCCGAGAUGAGGGCCUGAUGCGGGUCUAUGUUUUGCAGCUGGUGACUCGAACAGUGCUGGAGGCGAGCUUCCUUGCAGGCCAGUAUUUGCUGUAUGGUUUCCGUGUGAAGCCGAUUUUUGUAUGCUCGGGAAAACCUUGCCCACACAGUGUCGACUGCUUUGUGUCGCGUCCUACGGAGAAAACCAUUUUCCUCCGUAUCAUGUAUGGUGUCACUGUCCUCUGCCUCUCUCUUAAUGUCUGGGAAAUGCUCCAUUUGGGCAUCGGUUCUAUCUGUGACAUUCUGCGGCGCCGGCGAAGCCCACCUCAGGACGAUGAGUAUCAACUGGGCUUGCUGGGCACUAAUGGCGGUGGCGAGGGCUCUGUUGGAGGAACAGCUCCCGAAGCCAGUUCUGAGGGUGGGGUAGGUGGAGAUGGUGCUGCAGAUUAUGUCGGGUACCCAUUCUCAUGGAACACCCCAUCAGCUCCACCGGGGUACAACAUCGUUGUAAAACCAGAACAGAUGCCGUACACGGACCUUAGCAAUGCUAAGAUGGCAUGCAAGCAGAACAGGGCAAACAUUGCCCAGGAGGAACAGCAGCAGUUUGGCAGCAAUGAGGACAAUUUCCCCACUGGAGGAGAAGCCCGUGUGGCUCUCAACAAAGACAUGAUCCAGCAGGCUCACGAGCAACUGGAAGCAGCCAUCCAAGCCUACAGUCAGCAGCACCGGGCGGAGGAGCAUCUAGGAGACAACCAGGAUGACAAGCCGCAGAGCAACAUCAUCCAAGCCCAACCGCAGCCCCAGCUUCAACCUCAGAAAGAGCGCAAACACAGAGUGAAGCAUGGCAAGGGGGGCAGCAGUGGAGGAGGUAGCAGCAGCAACAGCAGCAGCAGCAAAUCAGGAGAGGGCAAGCCCUCAGUAUGGAUUUAAGCCCACGCACAGUGGCAUGUUUGUUAGCAUGUAUAUAAUAUUGAAUGAAUGGGGAGCUGUUGCAACCUGUGUUGGAUAUUACACCGCACAUGCCUUAAAGAAUCCUGCAAGCUGGAGGCUAAUGUUUUUCUAUAGAUCUGGGUAAAAAAGUGUAAUGUUGCAGCUGACAAUUUGUUUAGUCAAUCUCAAGGCCAAAUCCAGUCUACCAUACUUUUUAUGUGGCUUUCUUGACUCCAAAUUACAUAAAUCAGUCCAGUUUUUCACAAAAAUUUAUCCAAAAUCAGAAGAUACCCUCAUUUGUUUGUGCUGAUGCAAAUUUUAAACAGAUGUUCAAAACAUUGGGUUCAAGUGAUACUAACUCCCACCUGCAGGUGGCAAUAUUUAUCACUUUUGAGACACUGCUGAUAUCACAUUAUAGUCCAUGAUUGAUAUGGCGAGUAAGAAAAAGUCACAUUUGACAUGAUAUGGUGCAAAAUUCCUUGCAGAUAUUUUAAAAUUAGCAUCACAAAACAACUACAAAACUGAUGGCAAAAAAAAUCUAACAAUUGUGAAAUACUAGAGGAGCUGUUCAAUUUGAAAAUACAUAAAAUAUCAUUUAAGUUUAACAAGUACUUAUGGAAAGCAGAGACAUAUAUUUAUUAAUAUCUGAACAGUUUGUUUAAUCAAGACAUUCUGGCACAAUCUGCCUUUUGAGGACAUUCGUGAUCUUGAUAUGGCCCAAAAUGAAAAUGAGUUUGACACCCCUGAGCUUGAAGAAUCACAUCAACUAUGCCUCGUUCCAGUCACUUCUGAAAAAAGUAUGUAGUCUUCCUGCUUCCCUUUUUGUAGGAAAUCAAGCUUCAUAUAAUCUUUGAUCCUGAAAUGUUGAAAUGAGAUUGAUCCUGGAUUUUGGCUCAUCCUGACACAAAAAUGAUGCACCAUCACUAUGUCUUGUUAUGUACAAUGUCUAGAAAACCAAAGCUUUGACUUAAGGUUAUGAUAAUUAAGGUAAAUUAUUAAAAUGUACAUAAAUACGACAUCACCUGAAGCAGUGACUGUUUACUACAACGAGAACGUGACCUACCUAAAGGUUGUGUCCUGUCACUUGACUUGUUUUCCUCCAUCCUCUGUAGUAUCUUCUCACAGUGUUUUUUGCUCUACACUUUAAUCCAACUGUGUUUGUUUCAUGUGAAAUUUUAAUCAAAGUGCUAAACCAGCUGCACCUCAGGUGCCGCUGGGUGCAGCUGGUGGAUCUUACAUCUCCUUAGAGUUGUUUUUAUUUUUAUUUUUUACAAGAUGCAGAAGCAAUUCAGCGUUUAUACCUUAAAUCUUCAAGUUCCUAGUUGUAUCCUUGGCUGUUUUUGGAGGAGACAGUGCUUUUCUGCUGCUCCAUUUGCCUUGUAGCUGACUGCCCCCUGGUGGUGAUUUUGUACUGGGCAUUUACUCUCAUUUCAUUUACUAUGAAGUAGAUGCAAAUACUACCUACUAUAUCCAGCAACACCUUAACCAGCUGUAGUGGUCCUUUUCUAUUGACAAGACUUGUGUCACUUAUGUCUUCCCAGUGCUUCAUGUUCAGUGUUGGACGCACAAGUCUUCACGUCGUAAUGGAAAGAGUUCAAAGCCAUUACUUUAAUAUAGUGAGACCAAACACUGUCUCUGUGAUGCAAGUGUCAGUGCCAAGAUUUUACACUGGGCUGCUAUGAAGCUUGGUUGUUUGUAGCUUUGGAAUACUUUGGCCAUGCUACUCCAGCCGUGGAACUACUUCUGUGUCAGACCAACCCUUUUUGUAAAGCUCCUUUUUUUAAAAGUAUAAUAUGUGUAUUGCUCUUUUGAACUGGGACUUGAAAUGAAAAAACUCCAAAAUGGAGUCAAUUUUAAUGUUAAAGCCAGUGUUUUAUAUGAAAACAUUUUGCUUUUGGAAUGAAGCUCUUUUUUGUAUGAUUAAAGGAAAAAAAAAAAGAUCAAUGAUUACCUUUGUGGAUAUUUAUGGAUAUUGUGAUUUAAUUGCCUUCCAACUGUAAAAAUGUGAAAUAUGACAUAGUAUAUUUUUAUAAUAUGUCAGCUGCAAUGGCUGAAGGAGAAAAAAAGUCAUUUGUUUUCUUGUGUGGUGCAGUAUCAGUAUUUCAUGUAUUUAGCAACCCUCUGGACUGACUUUUAAUAAACAGUGUUACUCCUUUUUCAA